UAUAUCAAGUAUCAUGUAGUGAAAAUAUAUGGAUGAGUGUCAGGAUACUAUAAUCAGAUAUAGUGAAGCAAAAUAUGGAAAAUAAUUCUUCCCUAUUAAAAUUGAUAAUUGGUGAGAAAAAUUAAGCAUUUUUUUUAUUCAAAUUAAAAACUUUAAAGUCAAAAACAAUAUUUUCCACUAUUGUGCGUCAGGAGGAAUAGGAACCAUGUACUGCUCAAUUUAUUGUAGGUUUCCUGUACUUAUCUUUCAUUAAAAUUUCCUUAUACUAUUUAACUUUUGAUUUUUAGAUUCAACACCUGGACCAGGUAGUUAUGAUAUCCAAUGGGGUGCAAUUGGAUGUGAUUCUUUCAAAUUUAAACUUUACAGCACUGCAAGAUUUCCAAACUAUAGAAAUAAUCACAGUGGCUCUAAGGAAGGCAGGAUGUCUGAUGCCACCGUCAUGAGGAAUUCAACUUCAGUGAACAUCCCAUCUUCAGCGCAUUGUGUUCAAGGUAAAUUCUCAAGAAGAUCUCAUUUAGUUGCACCGGAAUCCCGUAGAGGCCAACGUGAUCCAUUUUAUGCCAAAGAGAAUAUUAAAGAAAAUAAGAUAGGAGUUCAUGUCAAAACGAGGAGAAUUCAUUCAGUUGGUAAAACACCUAUCCUUUCUUCACAGAACGUCAAUAAUGCUAGAGAUCAGGUAUUUUUUAAACCAACUGAACCCAAUUCUACCAGUGUGAGACCUCCAAUCAAAUCUAGAAACUAUGAACCAGGAUAUUCGAACCCACCUCAAGUUAAAUUUAAACUUUUGCCUCAGCUUGGAACGAAGGUAAAAUCUGAGGCUACUCACACAUUAUUUGACCCAUCCCCAAAUAACAGCCAGGAGAGAAGACAUAAUCGAUUCAGUAGAGAAAAUUCUGAAUUUCUUGAAGAAAAACUAUUGAAUGAUCGGUCAGAGCAAAGGAGUACAUCGAAAGCUAGACGCCGAUGGAAGAAACCACCAGCGAAUUAUGAAUUCCAAUUCAAAAACGGAAUAUUGAAAAAUGUCAAAAGGCAAACUUCCUCCUGGUGUGAAACGAACUUCAAAUUCCGAAGAACCAACAAUUCUAACGUUACUUCAGAGAAUGGAGGUGUGAAUAUAAAUAUAAAAAAAUCAGAAUUUGGUGUCGUUCAUAACAAAAUUAUCAGAGAGUCUGCGUGUGGCGGGCGGAAGCAAUCAAUUAGUGAUGAAUGUGCUCUCGAUAAUUCUGGCAACUGUACACUUCAUGGUAGAACCUGUGAUACGUAUUGGAGAAGUGUUUAUUUAGUGAAAAGUAUGAGACUACUGGAAAGAAGUUUGACUCAACGAGAAUCUAAAUCAGGAAAGAUUUUGAAUUUGCUUUCGGUUCUCAAACAAGAGGCUGAAAAUCUUUGCAAAACUGCAUAAUAGUUGGCUCAGCAAAAUUGAAUUAUUUCGAAUUACAUUCUUUGGAUUAUAUAAAUUUUGUCUUCAAAGUCUAUAAUUCUUGGCCAAGCUUUCGAAUUUUAUUCAAUUCUUGUUCAGGGCUUCUGUACAGUUAUAAUUUUAAUUUUCAGUUUCUGGUUAUUUACUCACCGAAUGUGAGGUUAUGUUAUGUUAGGAGUUAUGCUUACACACAUCGUCUGAAAUUAAAAUUUAUAAACAACUAAUGUAUGUUAUUUUGUAUAA